AUGGAAAAAAUGGUCAAUAAACGACUCAUCUGGCACCUUGAAUCAUCCAACAUAAUAACUAAGGAACAAUGCGGUUUCCGCAAAAACCACUCGACUAUCGACAUACUCUCCACCCUCCAUACUGAUAUCUGUAAUGCGAGAAAUCAAAAACAACAUGUUAUACUAAUAUCUUUUGACUUAGAAAAAGCUUACGAUAUGGUAUGGUGUAAUAGAGUCCUCAAAAUCAUACAAACAAACGGCAUAAAUGGCAAAAUGUUUCUCUUCUUACAAAAUUUCCUAAAAAAUCGCAAAAUUCAAGUCAGAGCUCACGCAGAACUAUUAAAAAUCCACCAAACAGAAAACGGCCUCCCACAAGGAUCUGUUAUUAGAGUGACAAUGUUUUUAUUAACCAUCAACGACAUUUUCAAAAACAUUCCUAAACCCACUAAACACUUAUUAUUCGCUGACGACUGCCACAUCUACUGCAGUAGACAAAAUAUCAAAACAACUGCAGAAAUACUACAAAAUUCUCUAGAUAUACUCCAUGAUUGGUCUCUUAAAACUGGCUUCAAAUUCUCUGCAGGAAAAAGCCAAUGCAUUACCUUCCACAAUAGACCUAAUCCUAACAUUCUAUUAUAUCUCAAAAGUUUUCUGAUACCCCUCGGGAAACACUCUGCAUACUUGGAAUGA